GGGGAGGCGGGUCCGCCCCCUAUUGUGUGGCUGCGAGAGCAGAGCGGUGCGGUGGAGAGCAGAUCUGGUGUCUCUCCAGGCUGGAACAGCUUUCUCGGGUGUUAAUGAGCUAGGAGCUAACUGUCCAAGAAGAGAGCUGAAGCUGGUUACCUGAAGCCAAUCAGAAGGAUUGACGCUCUCUUGUAUUGCUAGGCGGUGGACAUCCCUCGGCCCCUCCAUCUGGGCUCCUGUGGCUAGGAGGGGCCGGGUGAACAGGCCAGCUGGGCUAUGAUUUGGUGUCUCAGUCUAACUGUCUUCAGCCUGAUCAUCAGCCAGGGGGCUGACGGUCGAAGGAAGCCUGAGGUGGUCUCUGUGGUGGGCCGGGCAGGGGAGAGUGCAGUGCUGGGUUGUGACUUGCUGCCCCCGGCUGGCCGCCCCCCACUGCAUGUCAUCGAGUGGCUGCGCUUUGGAUUCCUGCUUCCCAUCUUCAUCCAGUUCGGCCUCUACUCUCCCCGAAUUGACCCUGAUUACCUGGGACGAGUCCGACUGCAGACAGGAGCAUCUCUGCAGAUUGAGGGGCUCCGGGUAGAAGACCAAGGCUGGUACGAGUGCCGCGUGCUCUUCCUGGACCAGCACAGCCCUGAACAAGAUUUUGCCAACGGCUCCUGGGUGCACCUGACAGUCAAUUCACCCCCUCAGUUCCAGGAGACACCUCCCUCAGUACUGGAAGUCCAGGAACUGGAGGCUGUUACCCUACGCUGUAUAGCCCAAGGCAGCCCCCAGCCUCACGUGACUUGGAAACUCAGAGGACAGGACCUUGGCCAGGGCCAGGGUCCGGUACAAGUGCAGAAUGGGACACUGUGGAUCCGUCGAGUGGAACGAGGCAGCUCUGGAGUCUACACUUGCCACGCCGCCAACACUGAGGGCAGCGUCACCCACACCACCCAACUGCUGGUGCUAGGACCUCCUGUUAUUGUGGUGCCCCCCAAGAACAGUACAGUCAAUGCCUCCCAGGAUGUUUCCUUGGCUUGCCAGGCUGAGGCAUACCCCGCUAACCUCACCUACAGCUGGUUCCAGGAUGGCAUCAAUGUCUUCCACAUUAGCCGUCUGCAGUCUCGAGUGCGGAUCCUGGUGGAUGGCAGCCUGCGAUUGCAGGCCACCCAACCUGAUGAUGCUGGCCAAUAUACCUGUGUACCUAGCAAUGGCCUCUUGCAUCCACCGUCAGCCUCUGCCUAUCUCACUGUGCUCUACCCAGCACAGGUGACAUCCAUGCCUCCUGAGACGCCCCUGCCCAUUGGCAUGCAGGGGGUGAUCCGGUGUCCGGUCCGUGCUAACCCCCCACUGCUAUUUGUCAUCUGGACCAAAGAUGGGCAGGCCUUGCAGCUAGACAAGUUCCCCGGCUGGUCCCAAGGCCCAGAAGGCUCAUUGGUCAUUGCCUUGGGGAAUGAGGAUGCCUUGGGAGAAUACUCUUGUACCCCCUACAACAGUCUUGGUACUGCUGGACCCUCCUCUGUGACCCACGUGCUGCUCAAGGCUCCCCCAGCUUUUAUAGACCGGCCCAAGGAAGAGUAUUUCCAAGAAGUAGGGCGAGAGUUACUCAUCCCCUGCUCGGCCCGCGGAGACCCUCCUCCUACUGUCUCUUGGACCAAGGUGGGCCGGGGGCUGCGGGGCCAGGCCCAGGUGGACAGCAACAGCAGCCUCAUCCUGCGGCCGUUGACCAAGGAGGCCCAUGGGCGAUGGGAAUGCAGUGCCAGCAAUGCUGUAGCCAGAGUCGCAACCUCUACCAAUAUCUACGUGCUGGGCACCAGCCCCCAUGUUGUCACCAAUGUGUCCGUGGUACCUUUACCCAAGGGAGCCAAUGUCUCCUGGGAACCUGGCUUUGAUGGUGGCUAUCUGCAGAGAUUCAGUGUCUGGUACACCCCAUUGGCCAAACGUCCUGACAGAGCUCACCAUGACUGGGUAUCCCUGGCUGUGCCUAUGGGGGCUGUACACCUACUAGUGCCAGGUCUGCAGCCUCACACACAGUAUCAGUUCAGUGUCCUCGCUCAGAACAAGCUGGGGAGUGGGCCCUUCAGCGAGAUUAUCUUGUCGGUACCAGAAGGGCUUCCUACCACACCGGCUGCCCCCAGGCUUCCCCCAACAGAGAUGCCACCUCUCCUGUCCCCUCCAAGAAAUUUGGUGGCAGUGAGAACACCUCGGGGGGUGCUCCUAUACUGGGAUCCUCCAGAACUCAUCCCUAAGAGACUGGAUGGCUAUAUCCUGGAAGGACGGCAAGGCUCACAGAGUUGGGAGAUAUUGGACCAGGCUGUCGGAGGCACUGAAAUGCAGCUGCUGGUGCCUGGCCUCAUCAAGGAUGUUCUCUAUGAAUUUCGCCUUGUAGCCUUCGCUGGCAGUUAUGUCAGUGAUCCUAGCAACACAGCCAACAUCUCCACUUCUGGCCUGGAGGUCUAUCCCUCACGAACACAGCUGCCAGGCCUCCUGCCCCAGCCUGUGUUGGCUGGAGUGGUGGGAGGGAUCUGCUUCUUGGGUGUGGCAGUCCUUGUGAGCAUCCUGGCUGCCUGCCUCAUGAAUCGGCGCAGGGCUGCUCGCCGCCAUCGAAAACGCCUGCGCCAGGAUCCACCUCUGAUCUUCUCCCCUCCUAGGAAAUCAGCCCCACACUCUGCUCCUGGCUCAGGCAGCCCUGACAGUGUGACCAAGCUGAAGCUCCAGGGCUCCCCAGUCCCCAGCCUGCGCCAGAGUCUACUCUGGGGGGAGCCGGCACAGCCCCCCAGUCCCCAUCCGGAUCCUCCACCUGGCCGGGGACUCUUACCACUGGAGCCUAUAUGUCGGGGCCCAGAUGGGCGCUUUGUGAUGGGACCCACUGUUGGGCCCCCCCAAGAAAAGUUAGGCCUGGAGGGGGCAGAACCUCAGACCUCAGCCAAGCAUCUGGCCCAGUCCUUUGACUGCAGUAGUAGCAGCCCCAGUGGGCCCCCCCAGCCUCUCUGCAUUGCAGAUAUCAGCCCAGUGGGGCCUACUUCUGCAGCUCCACCCAGCCGCCUACCAGGUCAGGGACCCCUGCUCCAGUACCUGAGCCUGCCCUUCUUCCGGGAGAUGAACGUGGAUGGGGAUUGGCCACCUCUUGAGGAACCCAGCCCUGCUCCACCCCCAGAUUACAUGGAUACUCGACCCUGCCCCACCUCACCUUUCCUUCCACCACCUGACUCACCCCCUGCAUCCCUUAGGGCAGGAAUUUCUGGGGCUGUGAUUGGAGCUGGGGCCUCCUCCGAGCCUCCUUACACAGCUUUGGCUGACUGGACACUGAGGGAGCGACUGUUGCCAGGUCUUCUCCCUGCUGCCCCUCGAGGCAGCCUCACCAGCCAGAGCAGUGGAAGGGGCAGUGCUUCCUUCCUGCGGCCCCCCUCCACAGCCCCCUCUGCAGGGGGAAGCUACCUCAGUCCAGCUCCAGGAGACACCAGCAGCUGGGCCAGUGGCCCUGAGAGGUGGCCCCGAAGGGAACAUGUGGUAACAGUCAGCAAGAGAAGGAACACAUCUGUGGAUGAGAACUAUGAAUGGGACUCAGAAUUCCCUGGAGACAUGGAGCUGCUGGAGACGUGGCACCUGGGCUUGACUGGCUCUCGGCCCCGGCCUGAACUUGAGUCAGAGCUAGGUGCAAAGACUCCAGAGGAGGGCUGCCUUCUGAGUACUGCCCAUGCCCCUGGCCCUGAAGCCCGCUGUGCUGCCCUUCGGGAAGAAUUCCUAGCCUUUCGCCGUCGCCGGGAUGCCACCAGGGCCCGGCUACCAGCCUAUCAACAGCCAGUCCCCCAUCCUGAACAGGCUACUUUGCUGUGAACACUUGUAGUGUGAAGCUAAGAAAAGACAUUUGGACCUGCAAAAGAGGACCUGAGACCUAGCUCCAAGCUUGGGCACUGCCCUGCCCCUUUGUGCCCAGGCACAGACCCUGAUGGUGGCCUGAUACUGUGCUUGCGUGAGCUUGGGAUGGAAUGUAUGUGCUGACUCUUUAGUUGAGUCUGGGGAUUGAACAGGGAUCUUAGUGUGAGUGUAUGUGAGAGUGUGUGUAUAUGUGUGUGUGUGUGUGUGUAUGGUGUUUAUGGUGUGGGUGCAUUUUUUAACAGGCGAAUAAAAGUCUGAAAAAUG